UGAAAAAUUAAGCCAGGUACGUACUCGUGAGACUCCGAGGUCUUUUCGGCUAUUCCCGGUCAUGUCGUAGAUUGCUAAACAACGCAACUCCGGAGUGAACCUUUUACCAAUGCGCAGGUCUGGCAAGCAACGCAAGGCUGAGCUCCAGCUCAAGCGUGCAGUCAAGCGUGGAGAUCUCCCCCCACCUGAGGUACAACCGCGCAAAAAGAAUUUCAGGAGACCUCCGAAGCUCGGUCACUCACUUGAUGCCAGGCUAUUAGCAGAUGACGCAUCCAGGGCCGCACGGAAGCUUCAAUCACAAUUCAUCAAGCUUGAUCCAAGCUUCCUAGAGACCACGAAGCACUUGGCCGCAACCUUGCCCUUGCCCAGGCCUAUCUCUCCUCAUGUAUCCCUCCUCACUGUUGAUGCACAGUCAGGCAGCGAUCUCGAGAUCGAACAACUUAGUGUCCCGAGGAGACCCAAGUGGAAGUACACCAUGUCAAAAGACGACGUGGAUGCCAAUGAGAAAGGCUACUUUCGCAGAUGGAUGACUCAGGCUGAUGCCAUCGUGGAACGUUGGCAUAAUCAACUUAACAACGCAGUUCAGUCAGGUACUGAUCCAGGGUCGACUGACACAAGCGACGCCGGUAUUCAACCCAAAAUGCCACGUCCUCCCACACAUUUCGAGCGCAAUCUCGAAGUUUGGAGACAGCUCUGGCGUGUAACAGAAAUAUCUCAAAUCCUUCUUUGUCUUUUGGACUCUAGAUGUCCACCCCUUCACUUCCCGCCUUCGCUCGAGUCAUAUUUACUAGCCAAUCGAAAAGCGAAAGUUAUUCUCGUUCUCACAAAAGUCGAUAUUGCAGGUCCGGAACGAGCUCAGGCAUGGACUGCAUACCUUCAAAAGCGGCACCCAGGCCUACCUAUUGUCCAAGUCGAGGCAUAUCAACAGAAAUUGGGCGAACAAGGUCGUCCAGUCUAUGAAUCGCACCUCCCCCUUCCUUUCAGAGAGCGUUUGGUUGAUGCCAUGCGACAAGUGCACGAAGAAAUGCUAAUCCCCCCUGAGCGAGUGCGCUCGGAUGAGGCAAAGCUGAAGCGCUGGAAUUAUCCAGUCAAGCGCGAGAUUGAUUGGAAUGGCUUACUGCAUGCCCACGGCAAGAAAGUAGGCAGUGUCGUCGGAGGCGCAGCUAUGCCGAAGGGAAAGGGCAAAGAGGAGAUCGCAGAUGAUGCUCAAGAACCAGAACAGGAAGGCAGUGAUAAAGAGGGACAGUUUGAAUGGCAAGAGCCAGAAUUUCUGACUGUCGGUUUGAUCGGUCAACCGAACGUUGGCAAGUCAUCCCUUCUCAACGCGCUCUUCGGAACGCAUAAAGUUCGAGCUUCACGGACUCCCGGAAAGACGAAGCAUUUCCAAACUCUUUUCUGGACCUCAGAUGUCCGUCUUGUUGAUUGUCCAGGCCUCGUGAUGCCCGCCUUCACACCGAUGGACACUCAGGUACUCUGUGGAAUUUUACCCAUAUCCCGUGUAUCCGCCAUCCCAUUUUGUAUACACCAAAUUGCACAACUUCUCCCGCUCGAGACUAUCCUCGGUCUCACACACCCUUCAGCGAACACCGCACCCGUUGAGGACAAACGCACCUGGCGCGAUGGUAAACAGCCUCCGUCGAAGGACAACAGUAUGCACUGGACAGCAAUAGAGAUCAUGACCGCAUAUGCGAACAAGAAAGGCUGGGUUACCGCAAAGGCAGGUCGGCCAGAUAUCCAUCGUGCAGGCAACGCCAUGCUGAGACUGGUCGCGGAGGGCAAGAUAGCGUGGGCUUUCUGGCCUCCGGGAACUGACUUGACGACUGUUGGAUCCGGUGGCGCCAACGGAAUCUGGCUCUCACACGGUUCAUUCCAGCACGGCCAGGAACUGGAUGAGGAUGAUGGGGUAUUAGGCGAUGAAACUGAUGAGGUCGAGAGUCUGGAUGACGACAGUGAUGAAGAUGCCGAUGAAGAAGGAACUUUGACCGGCGAAGAUGAAGAACACCGGGGUGAAGACUUCAAGUCCGUCCCUGUUGGCCGCUUUGGUGUACUAGCGAUAGAUGAUUGAUCGAAGGCUAUACCCUGGCUCAAACCAACUGAGAUGAUCCCACUUGAUAUCAAUCAAUGGAAUCCCAUGGAAUGUCCAAUGCCAUCACUAAGCCAUCACGGCGACAACGUGGAGUUCUCGUAUCAUACAAAUAUGAAAUGCCCGCAUGCAGGCUAUGUCAGACAGCUUCUAGAUUGGCCAGCUUGUCGGUAACUUAGUGCUUUUACUAUGUACUUGCUCAGAUCAGGCAUAAACCAAAAUAU